AUGAAUCCAGAAUACGAUUAUUUGUUUAAACUGCUGCUCAUCGGCGAUUCAGGUGUGGGCAAGUCUUGUCUUCUACUCAGAUUUGCUGAUGAUACAUACACAGAAAGCUACAUUAGCACUAUAGGUGUAGAUUUUAAAAUAAGAACUGUAGAGUUAGAUGGGAAGACAAUAAAGUUACAAAUAUGGGACACAGCAGGACAAGAACGAUUUAGAACUAUCACUUCAUCAUAUUACAGAGGGGCACAUGGAAUCAUCAUUGUUUACGACUGCACAGAUCAGGACUCAUUCAGUAAUGUGAAACAAUGGCUAGAGGAGAUCGACCGUUACGCGUGCGACAAUGUGAACAAGCUGCUUGUUGGAAACAAGUGUGAUCUCACCACUAAGAAAGUUGUUGACUAUACCACAGCCAAUCAAUACGCCGAGCAGCUGGGCAUACCAUUCCUGGAGACGUCGGCGAAGAACUCGACUAAUGUGGAGCAGGCGGACGCCCUGUCGACACCGGGAAAUCCUCCUGCUGCUGAAUGCCCCCACGGCUGGCGGCGAGACGCAGAGCAGGUGGAUGUCGCAGGCGCCGGCCGCCACACACGAAACAUAACAAAUGCAAUUACCACAAAACGUUUCACGAUCGCAUCCUUAUUAUAA